ACAACUAAGCGCCACUUUGUAUUGCCUCGGGCUGCAUUCAUUGAUUGACGUGUUCCGUGAACGGAUGCUGUGUCGGUAUCUUCUACGUUCAGUCAUCUUGAUUGUUACUUAUAUUUGCGUCAAUAUAUUCUGAGAGCUAUUGACCCUGUACCACCGCAGGCAACAUUUACAAGACAGGUGGACAAGGGUUUCAGGCGAUUAUGUUGCCCCCUUCUCACGUUGAUCCAGGAGCUUUUCUGCACACCCCCAGCACGACACCUCAUACAUGGCUUCCACAAGGCGCUACCUGUUUGUCUGGGUGCUACUACUUAUACCAGCAGCAGCUGGCGUCAAUUUCAACCAAUGUUUAGAUGAUAUCCAGUCGGGAAACUAUGGGCUAGACGGUGUCUUGGAUAAGGACGGAAACUCAAUUUUGACCUACGAGAACGCAACUGCCGUGACACUUGAGUUGUGCUAUCGUGCGUGUGGUCGAGGGUCGGAGCCCUUCUCAUUUCCAUCUUUCGCUCAGGAAUCAAGCGCUUGGCUUGUUCCAUGGUUGGCUUUACUGUCGCAACUUCCUUUUGGCGCAAACGACCUAUUCGAAAACGCUAAUUACAUCAUUCUCGCCGUCGGCUCUCCCACCCUUAUCAUUUAUUCCCUUUCUCUUUCCGCCCUUAACACUCGUUGGAUCGGUCGCCUCCUUGACACUGCUAAGCGAUAUCCCAAUCGUAAUCACACUGCCAGAGCUUUCAAUGCCCUUCAGCAUUGCUGCUUUUAUCUUGAACCGUCAGACGAAGUGAUAGCAUCUAUUAUCGUCCUCCCCCAAAAUGAUGUAUGGUGGGAAGGGCUCGUCAAGGCAUUGGAAGCUCGACGACUCGGGUGGACCAUCUCUGCCUUCUUCAAUCUCAUCUGGGUUUUGAUUGCUUUCAUCUUCACCAUCAUCGAUGCACUCAAUAGUCCAAGUCAGGACUCCAACGCCAGCGGGCAAAGCAUCGGUCUUCUUUGGCUCUGGCUGUAUCCGGUCGUUGUAGGAUGGAUAGUCUUAUCUCCCGAGUGCGACAGGCGGUGGCUCGAAAGUCAGCUACUGCGCGCGGGAAGUAAGGCUGUCAUAGCGUCAGACACACCCGGACAAUUCAACAAGUGUCCUCCAAAUAAGCAUCCAAUAACCCUGUGCAGACCUGGCACGUCUCGCUGGAACUUUCCAAACGAUGACAUCUACUGUACACUGCCGAUAUUUGACUUCGCACGAGUGUAUUGGCUGAAUCAGGUGGUGCUCGACUAUUUCCAGUUGUAUCAUUCUGCUGCCGAGAAAGCGCAUGCUCGUGGACUCAUCAGAGGCAAUGGUACCAUCGACGAUGAACACAGAGAUGGUACUAAAGACGUUAUCAUCUCACGUUGCUACCACGAAACUCCUGUGGAAUGUCAAGGAGAGAGUGUGGGGUGCCGGAUUUUAAAAGCGUCAAUUGCAGCUUUGAUAGUCCAAUGGGGUUCCACGGCAUCAGGCAUAGUCGUCAUCUAUUUUACGCCUACAAAAGGUCUGGGAUGUCGGUCUUUAUCUUUCCUUAUCUAUGGAUUGGUUUCGACAGUGGCGUGGUGGUGCAUGAUUGUAUCCGCGUGGCUAGCUCAUCGUUCAUCUACAUGGCCGGGGCCUCGUCCUGCCAUGGAAAUCGCAACAGAUACAUUAGCACAUAUCCCGUUGACUGCGAUCCCAAUAUCGAUGCCGGCACCAAAUCUGCCAAGCGAGCCUCUAUCGGCUUGUCAGUCCUCUCAAACUACGCUUCCAUCAGAAUCUUGCGGGAGGAAGGAAACCGUUGGAGCUAAUUGUGGCACUGCAUUGCCGAACCAUGAUAGCGGUUUUACUGUAUGGUCCAGACGCUUUUCCCGAGCAGGAAAGACCUUGGCGUUCCUCAACGCGCUAUUCCUAUUUGGAUUCUGUCUGGCACAGCUGGGAAAUGGAUUUUCAAACUGCUGGUGCAAUAGCAGCUACAUCGGACUACGGAGUAAAGCAUAUGUAGCUUUGGCCAUUCCUAGCAGUGACUUUGCUUCCCUCAGGACCGCAUGGGGUGGCGCAAUUUUCUUAGGUAUUGCAAUCUCGUCACUGUUUGCAGUCCUUAUCAUUUUUGCAAAGAAAACGCGCUACCCCGACUGAUUUACGGCGACACCCGUUGGGCCGUUUCGUGUAAUAAUAUCUACCCACGGCAUGGUUUUUCUUGUUUGGAUUUCUUUUUGUCUACAGUGUAAUCAUACACUUGGCUGU